CUUUAAAUUAGCCACUUCUGCUUUAUAAAAAUGUGUAGAAAAACAGAUGCAGGUAUUAAUCUGGCUUUGCAACUGCACUUGAAAUAUAAGAGCCUCUCCCCCAUUUCUUGUUCUUCUUACUCUUCUAUUGAGAAGCAAAGCUCUCAUAGAUUAGAUGGCUGACCCUGUUAUCUCUCUUGUUGUUGAGAGAACUGGUGAUCUGCUGAUUCAAAAAAUUGUUUUCCUGAAAGGUGUUCGAGGCCAAGUUGAGAGACUUCAAAAUGAUCUGGUCCGGAUGCAGUGUUUCCUGAAAGAUGCUGAUCAGAGGCAAGAUGAAGAUGCGAGGAUCCGCAACUGGGUUUCUGAAAUCAGAGCUGCUGCCUACGAUGCGGAGGAUAUCAUUGAGAUCUUUGCCAACAAAAUUGAAAGUAUAAGAGAUAAGGGAUUUGUGACUAGAUUGGCAUAUUGUCCCUGGCGGAUUGUGAGCCUUAACAAGAUCGGUAGAGAGAUUGGGUCCUUACAGACAAGGCUCGAUAACAUAGCCGCUAGCCGCGAAAAGUUUGGUAUCAAAAAUCUUGGAGAGGGAACGAGUACACAUGGAGAAGAGCUUCAACGGCUCCGGCGGUCCUCUCCUCUCAGCGAGGACAAGGAUAUUGUGGGCUUCGAGGAGAUGACAAAAUCCCUGGUGACAGAACUCUUGAAAGAGGACAGAAACCGCCGCGUGGUUUCAAUCAUUGGCAUGGGAGGUGCUGGUAAGACAACUCUAGCCAAAAAAGUUUAUAACCAUGUUGACCUCAUGACUAGAUUCAACUGCCGUGCUUGGGUAUGCGUCUCUUCAAGCUACAAUCACAAAGAGACGCUGAGGACAAUCAUAAAGCAAUUACAUCCGAUGACUAAUGAGCUACUUGACAUGUUGGAAAAGAUGCAGGAGCAGGACUUGGAACAAAGGCUCUAUCAAGAUCUACAAGAUAAACGUUAUCUUGUGGUACUUGAUGAUGUAUGGGAGGAAGAAGCGUGGGAUUGUCUAGUCAGGAAUGCCUUUCCUGAUAGUAGCACAUCAAGUAAAUUGCUACUUACAAGUCGCAAUCGGGAUGUUGCCAUACACGCAGAUGCUCUUAGCAUCCCGCAUGAGCUGAAAACAUUGGGGAAGGAGGAUAGCUGGCAGUUGUUUCUCAGAAAGGCCUUAGCCCACGGGGAUAAUGCUGGGUGUCCUCCAGAUUUGGAAGAAGUAGGCAGAGAGAUUGUAAGGAGAUGUGAUGGUCUGCCACUGGCCAUCACAGUUGUAGGUGGGCUGCUACUGGGCAAGAAAGAGUUGAAGAGUGAAUGGGAGAAAGUUCUCAACAGCUUCAACAGAAACCUCUCAAGGAGCCAGAGUGGAGUAUCGGCAAUUCUGGAAUUAAGUUAUGCAGAUCUUCCUCCCAAUCUGAAAUUUUGCUUUUUGUAUUUGGGUUUGUUUCCCGAAGCCUCCGUGAUUUCUGUGCCCAAGUUGAUCCAUAUGUGGGUUGCAGAGGGAAUAAUGCAGAACAGAGAUGCAGAAAAUUUGGAGGAAACUGCAGCAUAUGAUGACGUGGAACGACUUUGUGGCAGGAAUAUGGUCCAGGUGGUGGAAACGACUGUUGAUGCGAGGAUUAAAAGGUGCAGAGUCCAUGAUUUACUGCGAGAGCUUGCAAUCAGGAAGGCAGAGGAUGAAAAUUUUUUUCAGAUCCAUGACACCAGUGAUGGUAAAAUAUCAGCCAAAUCCAGGGAAGACAUUAGUCUUAGUUUCAAAAGUUUCAGAAAGCUUAGGAUGCUAGACCUCGAGAAUGUUAGGAUGGGUAAUUUGCCAAAAGAAAUUGGUGAAGUCAGGCUUCUAAGAUACCUCGGUUUAAGAGGCACAUCCAUUCGAGGGCUCCCUCAUUCCUUCGGUUGCUUGCGAUACCUACAAACUCUUGACAUACGGAACUUAGAGCCAGUGACAGUUUCUGAUUUCAUUUGGAAGCUUGAAAGUUUACGGCAUCUAUAUGCGUAUGAUAUUGAAUGUGAUGUGCCUCUUAAGAUUGAAGGAUUGAGGAAUCUCCAAACUCUGUCCCGCAUACGCUUUGAUGACAUUAUGCACAAUAACAUGAUAACUCUGACAAGUCUUCAGAAACUGGGGAUUUGGGUGGAUGACAGGUCAGAAAUAGACAAACUCUGCAUGCAUUUAUCUGAGGUUGGAAGUCUGAAGACGUUACAUCUUUAUUGUAAUACAGAAAGCGAGUGGCCAUCUCUAGAUGGACUGUCUAAGCUCCAUCAUGUAACAGAGCUCAAGCUAUCCGGGAGCGCUUUGACAAUGCUGCCUCCUGAUUUCCCUCCAAAUCUCUCUCGCUUGUCUUUGAAACACACAGAUCUCACGGAUGACCCAAUGCCAGUACUAGAGAAGUUGGGACAGCUGUCAUUCCUCAAAAUGAAAGAUGCAUACAAGGGACCGCAGCUAGUCAUUUCUAGGCAUGGGUUUCACCAAUUGAAAUUCCUUGAGCUCAACAGCCUAUCUGGUUUGGAGGAAAUACAGGGGGAGGAAGGUGCAUUGCUACAGCUCCGGUGCCUGAGAAUCAGGAAGUGCCGCGAAUUACGGAAAUUGCCGGAAUUGCCGCCUACAUGUACUCUUGAUGUAAUUCAUGAGUGGGAUCCUUCGGUGGGUCUGCUACUGCUUCCACUGGUUGUUCCACUGGUUCCACUACUCUUGUGCCAUAUCAUGUAGUGAUUAAUAAAAUUAUUUCAGGU